AUGGAGGGACCAAAACAUUGUAAGUUUCUCCAUGGAACUCUUGAAGCUACCAUCUUCCAUGCUUCUCCUUACACACCAUCAUUCCCCUUUAAUUGCAUACUUGCAAAUGGAAAGCCUGCAUACGUGACCAUAAAGAUAGACAACAAGAAAGUUGCAAAGACAACCUCAGAACGCGACCGCGUUUGGAACCAAAGCUUCCAAAUCCUAUGUGCUCAUCCUUCCAACUCAACCAUCACAAUAACAUUGAAAACUUCAUGUGCCAUCCUGGGAAAAUACCAAAUCCAGGCUCACCAAAUACUAGAAGAAGCGAGUUUGAUAAACGGCUUCUUCCCUCUUUCGCUCGAAAAUGGAAAGGCGCCUAAUCCCGAACUCAAGCUGCGAUUCUUGUUAUGGUUCAAACCAGCGGAGUUUGAACCAACUUGGGGAGAAAUACUAGACUCUGGUGAUUUUCAAGGCAUGAGGAAUGCUACUUUUCCGCAAAGAUCAAACACCCAUGUCACGCUUUAUCAAGACGCUCACCAUUGCUCAACUUUUCAGCCUCCAUUUGGUCAUUGUGGGACUCCGAGAAGGCUUUGGGAAGAUGUUUACAAAGCCAUUGAAGGAGCAAAGUACUUGGUCUACAUUGCAGGCUGGUCUUUCAAUCCCAAGAUGGUUCUGGUUAGAGAUUCUGAAACGGAAAUCCCACAUGCAAGAGGAGAGAGACUAGGGGAGUUGCUGAAGCGGAAAGCCGAAGAAGGCGUGGCGGUGAGAGUAAUGCUUUGGAACGACGAGACCUCCCUACCACUCAUCAAGAACCGAGGUCUAAUGAGAACCCACGACGAAGAUGCUUUAGCCUACUUCAAACACACCAAAGUUGUAUGCAAAUUGUGUCCAAGACUACACAACAAGUUCCCAACAAUCUUCUCCCACCACCAAAAGACCAUAACGGUGGACACCAAGUCACACAUUGGCACCGAAAGUUUCCCGACGGACCGCGAAAUCAUGAGCUUCAUCGGCGGAGUAGACCUCUGCGACGGGCGGUACGACACCGAGCAACACUCGCUCUUUCGAAGUCUCAACACCGAGUCCCACUGCUCGGAUUUCUACCAAACCAACAUCUCCGGGGCGAGCCUUCAGAAAGGGGGGCCUAGAGAGCCUUGGCAUGACUCUCACGCUUGUGUGACUGGCGAAGCCGCUUGGGACAUCUUAACCAACUUUGAGCAAAGAUGGGCGAAACAAUUGGACCCUUGUUUGUUAGUCCCAACUAGUACACUAACAAAGCUCAUUAACCAAACUUACUCAAAAAAUCAACAUAGGAACUGGAGAGUUCAAGUGUUUAGAUCCAUUGACCACGUGUCAGCCACCCAGAUGAUGAGGAACAUGACCGUUGAGAGAAGCAUACACGAGGCCUACGUGGAAGCCAUAAGGAAAGCGGACAAGUUCAUAUACAUAGAGAACCAAUAUUUCAUUGGGGGGUGUCACUUGUGGGGGAGAGACACGGAUUGUGGAUGUGACAAUUUGAUCCCAAUUGAGAUUGCGCUUAAGAUAGUGAGCAAGAUCAAGGCCAAGGAGCGAUUCGCUGUGUACGUAUUGAUUCCGAUGUGGCCGGAGGGCGUGCCGGAGAGUGAGAGUGUUGGGGACAUUUUGCAUUGGACCAGAGAGACAAUGUCGAUGAUGUAUAAGUUGAUAGGAGAGGCGAUUGAGGAAAGUGGUGGGGGUGAGGGGAUCAGUAAUCCGAGAGAUUACUUGAACUUCUUCUGCCUUGCAAAUAGGGAGAUUGAGGGCGAAGGUGAGUAUGUUGCGCCGCAUUCUCCUCACCCCGGUUCGCAUUAUUGGAAUGCGCAGAAGCAUAGGAGGUUCAUGGUUUAUGUGCACUCCAAACUCAUGAUAGUGGACGAUUCAUACCUCCUCAUAGGAUCCGCUAACAUAAACCAACGAUCCAUGGACGGUGAACGAGACACUGAAAUCGUCAUCGGUUGCUACCAAACCGAUCGAAACAUCAGCAGCAACAACAACGACAACAAUAUCAUCAAAAUAAUCAUCAGAGAUGUUCGUGCAUUUCGAAUGUCAUUGUGGUACGAACACACUGGAGUCACGGACGACACAUUCCAAGAGCCCCAAAGCUUGGAAUGCGUUGAAAAAAUGCGUUCCAUUGGAGACCAAAUGUGGAAUAUUUACAAGGGCGAAGAAGUGGUUGACAUGGAAGGUGUUCACCUUGUGACAUAUCCCAUGAGUGUAACACAAGAUGGUAAGAUUGAGGAUCUCUUAGACGGAGGAGAUUAUAGUCAUUUUCCUGAUACCAAUACUCCAGUCAAAGGGAAGAGAUCCAAAGUCCUACCCCCAAUUUUUACUACAUAA